AUGGCUACACCCCACCACUAUAUAUAUCCUUUUGUUGAACUUCUAGCCUCCGCGAGCAUUGUCGUUGUAGGGUUUCUUCUCUCGCCGUUUUCAGAAGAGCACUGCCGCUCAACAAUGGCCCCAAAGAAAGGAGGAAAAGUGACUUCCGUACUAGUUAAGAAGAAGGAGAAGGUUGUGAACCCUCUUUUUGAGAAGCGUUCCAAGCAGUUUGGUAUUGGAGGGGCUCUGCCUCCUAAGAAAGAUUUGACCCGGUUUGUAAAGUGGCCAAAGGUUGUCCGGAUUCAAAGGAAGAGGAGGAUCCUCAAGCAGCGUUUGAAGGUCCCACCAACUUUGAACCAGUUCACAAAAACACUAGACAAGAACCUUGCAACAAGCCUUUUCAAGUUGCUUCUCAAGUAUAGGCCUGAGGAUAAGGCAGCAAAGAAGGAACGCCUCCUUAAAAGAGCCCAGGCUGAGGCUGAAGGAAAAAGCUCAGAUUUGAAGAAGCCAAUUGUUGUGAAAUAUGGGCUGAACCAUGUCACCUACCUUGUCGAGCAGAGUAAGGCACAGUUGGUGGUAAUUGCUCAUGAUGUGGAUCCGAUAGAGUUGGUUGUGUGGCUUCCUGCCUUGUGCAGGAAAAUGGAGAUCCCUUACUGCAUCGUAAAGGGAAAAUCACGACUGGGAACGAUAGUCCACAAGAAAAAUGCAGCUGUAUUGUGUUUGACCACGGUUAAGAAUGAGGAUAAGUUAGAGUUCAGCAAAAUCCUGGAGGCAAUCAAGGCAAACUUCAAUGACAAGUAUGAUGAGUACCGAAAGAAGUGGGGAGGUGGUAUUAUGGGCUCCAAAUCACAGGCCAAAACCAAGGCCAAGGAGAGAGUUCUUGCAAAGGAAGCCGCACAGAGAAUGACCUAGGAGUACUACCAUAUCCCGGACUUCUCUCUGGAUUGUAUGUUCUUUGAACUAAUGAGAAUGCCUUAUGUUCUCAGCGGAAUCCAACUGACUUGUUUCUCUCCUUGCCAUGGGAGUAGGAAAAUAGUUAAAAUUUUGGUAGAACAUAUUGUAGAACUUUUUGGUUUAUUCUUAUUUUUACCAUAUGUAUGGAAGAGCUUUGCAUUAUCAUAUGAAUGAUGCAGCUAUCUGUUUUAUUGGGACAAAUGCCAAGGCAAGCAUCAAUGGCCCUGCUCUGCUUUCAUAAAGGUAGUAAUGUUCUGCACACUCUGGGAAGUACUGAUGACAGAACGUUUAGUGUUGCAACUGGUCACACCGUUGGUUGGUUGCAAUCGUGAACCCCUGGGCUCGGAAUCAGGUGGUGAAUAGGUGGAAUCAUUCGCUCAUGUGGUUGAAAGGGAGAAAUGGGUUCAGUGGUUCGGAUAAUUGCUGGUCUAUAUUUUACUGAAUGAAAUGAAAAGGAGAAUAUAACGUAGCCGACAAAAGUAAAGAAAAGGGGAUUAGACUUUUGAAAGAAAAAUGGAAGGGGAAUGUCAUUGUGUGCUAGUAUUGACCCAAAAUAUGAAAUAGGACUCCAUUGGGUAGUGAAGCCAAGCUGGCCGGUCUUCUACUUACAGGGGGCGUGUGCUGUACAAAG